CCUCAACCAAGCGACUUCACAAAUCAUAGCAUCCUUCAUUUGUGCCCAACCACAAGCACUCUCUAUAUCUUCUACAAAAUCGCUAUUAGUUUGAUUAACCAUGUCGAACCUUUACGAAAGAGAAGCCGAAGACCGCUACGAGGCUCAGAACGAUCCUGCUCCCGUUUCUGGAACAGUCAGAGAUGAUUCCUACGCCCAUGAAAAUCGCUCCGAGCUAAGGAAUGAGAUCCCUGUUCAAAGGGACGAGGAUGAAGUUGAAGAUCCUAUCCAGCCUCCAUUCUCCAACAGUGAUCAGCAACUAGCGCAAGACGAAAAGGAGGCUAUCGAUAGAAGUAAUAUCUUACGCGGCGACCGCCUCCGUCACGCAAAGCCCCGUACUCAGAAUGGAUAUAGUGAAGGGCGUAAUGAGGAUGACCUACCCGCAGAUGUUCGCUACGGACAGUCUGGAAGGUCUGCCACGGGUGGAAUUAUCUAAAGUUUCAUUCUUCAGAGAAACUAGUAAUUAUAUACUCACCCUCGAGUGAGAUUGUGGGAAAGGUACUAUGCCAUAAUGUAGUUGACAAAUAAAUGUUCUUAUUUUCCGUGGUUAUUGAUUCGGAGUUGUUAAUCGCAGUGUGAGAUCAGCCGCCAUGGAGCCUGAGAA